UGAACACCCGCCGAGCGGGGAAGGGAAGGCGGAGGCCCUCCGGGGGUGUCAUGGCGGCCCCGCCGCCGGAGCGGGAGCUCUGUCCGCACUGCCGCCGGCCCUUCAAGCGGCUCCGGGCUCACCUCCCGCACUGCAAAGCCGCUCCCACCCCGGCGCCGGGGUUAAACCCAAGCCUCGGCGCGGCCGCCGGGCCGGGCAGCAAGCCGCGGGCCGCCGCAGCCGGUAAGAGCAGCAAAAGGCCGCCCAGCCCCGGCCCGGCCUCCCGGGAGGCGGCGGCUGGCAGCGGGAAAGCGGCCGCGGGCCGUGCAGGAUCCGCCGGCUCCUCGCUUCCCCCGCAGCCCGGCCCACAGCGGAAGGUGGAGCCGGCGGUACGGGACGUGGCCGAGGCCCUCGAUUUGCUCCCUGAGGAGGUUCAAGAUCUGCCCGAAAAACUGAGUAACGGCGUGAAAAUAGUGAUAGAGAAGCACCGCGCCAGGGUGAUCAGGGAAAAGAGCGGUUCCAGGAGCAGGGAGGCUUCGAUGGGAAGCCCCAGCGCACAGUGGGCUCCCGUGGAAGGGUCAGGUCCAGGCCGUGGUGCUGGCCACACUGCUAGCCACGCUACCAUAGCCCAGCCGGACCCCCAGGAGGGAAUAACCCCAACAAAAAACACCAACACAGAGACACACGGCCUUGGAGCGGUGGAGAGCGCAUCUGCGAGGCCAGAGGGAGAAAAAAGCAGUAGUUUAAAGGCAACAAAACCACAUGUAUUUCAAGACACGCCUGAAGCUGCCUGCAGAAGCAGCCCUGGUGACCUUGUUCAGCAGGAGGUAAGAGACAAAACUGUGACCAAAGAGAAGCAGAUGUACCUAGAAGCUGGUGUGGAAUAUAAAGCUCCUCUUUCUGCUUUGCAUACCAAGAGCCUCCAUCUGUCAAUGGGAGAGGGUUUCAGAGGUCACAGCAAAGAGACAUCCAAAAAUGACCUAACCAGCAUACAAAAGCUUCGAGAGAGCAAGAAGCAGAUGGCCAUAGGUUCCGAGCCCAUCCUGAAUGCGAGGACAGACAUCGAGCUGGCGGAGCACCAGUUCUUGCUCCACACCUCCAAAAGCCAACCCAUCUGUCUAUCCCAGGCCUCUGGCAGGAGCCCGCCCGUGGGCGCCGUGGGCUUGGAGUGGUUUCCAGACUUACAUCCUAAUUAUAAUGGGCUGAGUAUUUUUCCAGGGAAGCCUUUCCAAGAAAGUGUGGGGAUGACAGUGAAGACACCAAAGAGCAGCUUCUCAGAGGGACAGCAAGGUCCUCUCUCAGCAAGACGUCUGAUGGAUGUAAGGCUGGGGGAGCUGCCAGCCUGGCUGGCCACCUGUGACUUUUCUCCCCAAGGGCUGCUUGGAGGAGUGCAGAAAGCCUGGAGCAGCUAUUACGACAAGUACAUCAACAUAAGGAAGGGUGGACCAGCUGGGAUCUCCAUGCUGCUGACUGGAUACUGCCUCCUCAGCUAUGGCUGGAGCUAUCAGCACAUCAAGCAUCAUCGCUGGCGUAAAUACCACUGAAGAAGCUGGAACAGCACCCAAGGAACAGUCACAAAUAUCUGACUGGGAGGCAGCAGAAACUCAGAAACCAAUGUCCCAACAGGGACUCAAAUCAGCAGAAGCCUAUUUAUUUUCAGAGAUGGGUUCUUUAAUUGUUGAGGGAGCUGCUUUUCACUUACCCUCCUGUAGACAGAGGGGUGACACUGACAGCAACAGCCUGCAGUCGCUGCUCUGUGGUUCAGGCAGAAUUUAGUACCAAAAAAAGUCAAGUGUUAGAGCUGCCUCUUGAGGACUGCAUGCAGCAGAGCUCCUGUAGGCUGCAGAAACACAAAUCUCUUGCUUUGGGACACCAGGCACAGGACAACUCCUUGACCUGGGCUGUUAAAUAGAGAUUAAUGGACAUGAACAUUGGAGUCGGGGUGUUUGGCAGGAAGGUUUGUGAUGGGUUGUGUCAGGGUGGGCUUCACCCAGAUAAUUCCCUUCAAAUUAGUGGAGUUACGCCUGGCCCAGCCCAUCUUUUACUUACCCCUCUCCACAGCAAGCGUGAUGGCAGAAGGGUGGUCCCUUCCACGGAGGGCCCCCCAGCCCCUGCCUCGCUGUCAGCACGGCGCUGCUGGGACUGCCCAGGCUCUGAGGGAAGGAUCUUUGUGAAGGCAUUAAAGCAGCAGCACUCAGACCGCAGCGCCCUAUUUCUGGAGGAAGAAAAUCCAUUGGAUUAGCUGUUGUGCCCAAAGGGCAAAGCGAUGUCUGCAUCAGACAAAUGAGGACAGUUAUGAGAGUGCUAGUUGUAGCCUGCCAUCACCAAACAUGUCUGGAAAAGAGUUGGUCAUGUUACAGGCAUGAAGGGUGUAAAAAAAAAAAAAUGCCAUGAAAAAACAAAUCUGAACUCUUUAUUCAAAGAGAAUGCAGUAGUACUGUGUCAGAGGUGUUUCACCACAAACUCCUUCUCACCAGCAAUAAAAGCCUUUGUGAAUUUUC